AUGGCUUGCUGUCUGAAGGAUGAGCUCCUCUGUUCCAUUUGCCUGAGCAUCUACCAGGACCCUGUGAGCUUUGGCUGCGAGCACUACUUUUGCCGAAAGUGCAUCACGGAGCAUUGGAGCCGCCAGGAACCACACGCGCCCAGGGACUGUCCCGAGUGUCGCCGCACCUUCGCCGACCCGCUCCUCUCUCCCAGCCUCAAGUUGUCCAACAUCGUGGAGAGGUAUUCGGCCUUUCCUCUAGACGCCAUUCUCAACGCCCAGAGGAGCUCGUAUCCCUGCAAAGACCACGAGAAAGUCAAGCUCUUCUGCCUCACGGACAAAAGCCUGGUGUGUUUCUUCUGCGACGAACCAGCACUGCACGAGCAACACCAGGUGACCACCAUCGACGAGGCCUACGAGGAGAUACAGAAGACGACUAUAGAGUAA